AUCAAAAAAUAUUGAAAUAAAUAAUAAAAAUCAUCAAUUAAUAUAAAACUACACAAUCAAUUAUUAAAUUCUAUUAUUUUCUUCCGUCAAAAUGUUAUUAACCUUCGCCCUUGACUCUUGAAGUUGACAUUGUGGUGUAAUGCUCGUGCAAGCAUAUUUUAAUCAUUUUAUAUAUAUUUUUAUUAUAAAUGUACAAAAUAAAUGAUCUUAUUUUUAAGAUAAAUUUUAAUAGAAUAGCUAGAAGUUUAUUUUUUAAGAACAUUUCGACCACAUGCUGUUCAAAAUUCAGUUCCAUGUCCAGUAAUGAAGACCGAUACUUUCAAGGAACCCUGGAUAGAUUUCGGGGAACAACUAUUGAUACUUCCAAAGAACUUUGUGAAGAAUCAUCGUUUCUGAACAAGUUAAAUGAUUCAAUACAACAUUGGACAGAAAAGAAUAUCCGAGCUGUUUGGUUUCGAGUAGCUCAUAAAGAUGCAUGUCUUGUACCUAUACUGGCCACAUCGGGCUUUCAAUUUCAUCAUGCGAGAGCUGGUUUUGUCAUGAUGUAUCGCUGGCUAUCAACUACUGAGCCUUGUAAAAUACCUGCUUAUGCUCAUACGAUGAUUGGAAGUGGAGCUGUUGUGAUCAAUUCUAAAAAUCAGGUUUUGUUAGUCAAGGAAAAGAAUUUUUUCAUACCAAAAUAUAAAUUACCUGGAGGCUAUGUGGAUAUAGGAGAAGAUUUAGUCCAAGCAGCUCAACGCGAAGUUUUUGAAGAAACCAACAUAAAAACUGAAUACGAUUCAUUAGUUUGCUUCCGCCAUUCCCAUAAUGCUAAUUUCAACAGUUCAGAUCUUUAUUUCAUGAUGAGUCUCAAAGCUAUAAACGAGGAUAUAAAAAUUGACCAAGUUGAAAUUGCUAGUGCCAUGUGGAUGGAUUUAGAUAAAGUUAUGGAAAGUGAUGUGGUAUCGGAACAUAAUCAACUGAUUUUACAAACGUACAUAUGUAAUAAAGAAAAUAAGCUGUCGAUUAAACAUGAAUCACAUUUUGUUGAACUUUUAAACAAACCAUAUCUCUUAUAUACAAUUGAUCAGACGAAGUAGUGGUAGAGUUUUAUAGGAAAUUGUUUAGAGUAAAAAAAUGAGAGCACAUGCCACAA